AUGGUUAGUGUGAAAGACAGACUCGAGGAUGUUGAAACCAACAUGGGUUCGAUGCAGGAUGAAAUUCAAAAGUUCAAUGGCGAAAUUUCCGAGAAGUUCCGCAUCAUGGAGAAUUCGUUUCACCGCCUCGCUGAGGAGAACCGUGAAUCCAUCAACCGACUGAUAACCAUGAUGAGUGGAAAUCAGGAAGGUGGAUCCAACAACUCCCCUGUUUCACAUCCCAACCCAAACGCACCUUCGACGCAACACGGACCACCGGCAACCGGAACACACCAUGCACCCGCUCUCAACCGCCACGUCAAGCUCGAUCUACCACGUUUCGACGGAGGUGAUCCCACCGAAUGGCUCUCGAAAGCAAAACAAUACUUUGCUUAUCAGGACAUUCCGGAUCACCAACAAGUUAGUCUCGCCACAUAUCAUCUGACGGCGGAGGCUAAUGAAUGGUGGCAAGCUACGUCUAAGACGCUUGGCACAGACGCACGGAAUACGGCUUGGCACACUUUCGAAGCAGAACUCUGGGUACGUUUCGGACCAACUCAAGCUCAACGUUUUCACGAAACCCUCUCCAAGAUCCGCCAGACCGGCUCUCUUGGUGAUUAUCAACGGGAAUUUGAACAAUUGCGUAACAAGGUUCACAAUUGGUCCGAAGAGGCGCUCAUCGGAACAUUUCUUGGUGGCCUAAACCCAUCUAUUGCAGCUCAGGUUCGAAUGUUCUCCCCUACAACACUAAAGGAAGUCAUCACUCUCGCCAGGUUGAGCAACGAGCAACUCCAACUGCCUCGUAAGAUCUUUCCACAACGAAAUCACACAUCACACCCCUCGCCGACCACCACAAACCCGCAGGCCUCAACACAGACACCAAAGAAACUCAGCUGGGAAGAGAUGCGACGCAAAAGGAGUUUGGGGCUCUGUUUCAGCUGUGACGAACGGUAUGUCCCCGGACAUAAGUGUAAAACGUCCCAGUUGCUGCUGAUGUUGGGCGAAGAUGACGAGGAGGACGAUACAGAUGAGGAGAUCUUCCACGACGUUGACGACGCCGAAAUCACCUUACACGCGCUCACCGGAUGGGAUUCUCCGACAACACUGCGGGCGGAAAUCGUAAUCAACAAACGCCGCUUGGUCGCUCUAAUCGACAGCGGAUCCACCCACAACUUUAUCAACGAGCGCAUUGCCAACCCCCUGAAUCUGAAGAUGGCCCACACCAAACCAUUCAAUGUUCGUGUGGCUGAUGGACAUCCUCUCCGCUGCAAAGGAGUAUACCGGGACAUCGCAACACAAAUCGGCGGCGCGAUUUUUCCGAUCGACUUCUUUGCGCUUCCACUGUCAGGUCUUGAUGUCGUCUUAGGCGUCCAAUGGGCCCAUUCCGAUGAAAUUACAAGGGAAGCAAAACAAGCUAGUUUAGCUUUAUCCAUUCAAUCGACGAAACAUUCCCCCAUCGUCAUUGUCGAUGAUCUCCGCCAAGUCAUCACGGAGUUCGACGAGAUUUUCAAGAUACCAUCGGAGCUACCACCAUCUCGUGCCAUAGAACACCACAUCACACUUAAGGAGGGCUCGGAUCCUGUCAAUGUCAGACCAUAUCGGUACGCACACUUUCAGAAGGCAGAGAUUGAAUCUCAGGUGACGGAAAUGCUUAGCUCCGGCCUUAUCCGACCUAGUUCUAGCCCUUUCUCUUCACCGGUGCUCCUAGUCAAGAAGAAAGACGGAUCCUGGCGCUUCUGCACCGACUAUCGCGCUCUCAACAAAGCUACGAUCAAAGACCGUUUUCCCAUCCCCACGGUCGAUGAUAUGCUAGAUGAGCUCCAUGGCGCCUCCAUCUUCACAAAACUGGAUCUUACUGCUGGCUAUCAUCAAGUUCGAGUGCAUCCUCCGGAUAUCCCCAAAACAGCGUUCCGCACGCACAAUGGCCAUUACGAAUAUCUGGUAAUGCCUUUCGGCCUUUGUAACGCACCCUCGACGUUUCAAUCCUUGAUGAACUCUGUUUUUCGUGAUCAUCUCCGGAAAUUCGUUCUUGUGUUCUUUGACGAUAUACUAGUCUAUAGUAAGUCUAGACAGGAACACCUGAUUCAUGUCCGUGAGGUUCUGCGUCUGCUACAACAACACCGUCUUUUUGUCAAAUUGAAGAAGUGUGAGUUUGGGAAGCAGGAGCUCGAAUAUCUUGGACAUAUAAUAUCGGGCGAUGGCGUGAAGGUGGACCAAUCUAAGAUCCAGGCGAUGACAGCAUGGCCAUCACCAACAACCAUCACCGAGCUUCGGGGUUUUCUGGGCCUCACCGGCUAUUACAGAAAAUUUGUCCAGCAUUACGGUAUCAUUGCCCGACCCUUGACAAAUCUUCUGAAAAAAGGAAAAUUUGAGUGGACUGGAGCAGACGAGGAAGCUUUCAACCACCUCAAAUCUGCACUGACCACGACCCCGAUACUCGCCUUGCCGGAUUUCUCGUCGCCAUUCAUCAUCCAGACAGACGCCUCCGGUGACGGCAUCAGAGCAAUUCUCUCUCAACAAGGCAGACCGAUCGCCUACAUGAGCCGUUCCUUGGGUGUGGCAAAACGGAGUUGGUCUACUUACGCACGCGAGAUGCUAGCAAUAGUCAUCGCGAUUCGUACUUGGAGACCAUACUUACUAGGCCGUCGUUUCAUCAUCCAAUCUGACCAACGGAGCCUCCGUUUCAUGCUCGAGCAACGCAUCUUAACUCCAUUAUUAACUGAAACAACUUGA